GUGAUCGUGGUUUGGUUUGUUUGUUGUGGUUUCCUGUUAUCUUCAGCGAAUGAGGUGGUUUCCUUUCCUAUCCUGAUUCCUAAUCCUUAUUUCAUUUUAUUUUCGAAAAAGGGAAAGGUGUAAUGUACAAUGUUUUGAAUGGACCCAAAUAGAUGACAUGUUGUGUGCAUAGCUAUAACAAAUGACCAUAAGUGGACCCAAUAUACCAUUUCAUAACAGUUCACCUCCAUCAUAUGAUGAACAAGAAAGAUCCAUUAUGCCUGGGUCUUCCAUAGAAACUGGUGCACCCCCAUCUUAUGAGGAGGCAAUCAAUCCAAAUGCUCCACCUCCAUCAUAUGAUUCUCUGUUUGGAAGAGUUCGUGUAGCACAAAAAACAAGUAAAGGAGUUCUGGAUUUUCUGAAAAAUCUUGUUAUCAUAAUCUUAGGAACAUUGGGUUGUACCAUAAUAUUAGGAGUCACAAUAGUCAUUCCAAUAUGCAUGAUAAUAAUGGGAUCCAUAUAUCUACAUGACUGCCCCCAGGGAGAAUACAUUCCUGUAUAUUUGUUAGUAGGAGGCAUAUUUGGAAUAGUUAAGCAACUUUUGCACCUCUCAGCUAGAGUAAGACAGACUGAAGAAGAAAGACAAGAAGAAAACUUGAGGCAGUCUCCCACACAAACCUUACUUAAUUGUUUUAUGUUGGGCUGGUUCAUAAUAGGUUCUAUCUGGGUGUACAAAGAAUAUGAACCAAACUAUGAUCCAUUGCAGGGUCGUUACUGCAACAAAAACCUUUAUUUAUUUGCCUUCUGGCUCAUAACAUCUGUGUACAUACUUUUAGGCAUGAUCACAUUUUGUCUGUGUUCAAUUAGCUUAGCUACUGUUAUUUUCCAUACUGAUCAAGCUGAGGAAAAUGAGCAUCUCCAAAAAAUGUUCAGUGCAAAAUAUCCAUGACCUUUAUUUUGCAACAAUGGAAUUGAAUAAUCAGUUGCUAUAUGUGGUGUUACCAGUGAGAAAAAAAAGAAAUUAUUGUAGACUAUACAUAUGCAAAGUUCUCAUAAGACAAACUGCCAGAAAUUCCUAAUAUAAUACAUGACAUUGAGCAUACCUAUUAUAAAAUAUACAUAUGAUCAUAUAAGUAGAAAUACAGUUUUUGAAUAUCAAUUCUAUUCAGAUUCAUAUAACUAUUAUAUUGACCAAAUGAAUACAUUGCUUGUGAUUUCUUUUUUAUUUCCCUGUUUGAAAUUGCUGGGGAAUCAGGAAUUAAAUAUUGGUAUGUGCUGAAUAGGUACCAAAUGUUUUGUUCAUAUUUCACAUUUUUUUGUCAAUUUCUUUUUAUUGGUGAAAAACCAAUGUCCUGUCAUUUAACAUGAAACUUAUGUUAUGUCAAGCCACACAAUUUAGAUGUUUGUAUAUCUACUUAAAUAUGAAUCUCUUAUAUCAAAAUAUCUGACAUUUAUAAUUUUUAUUGAUAUCUUCUUCUUUAAUUUGGCUGUGGUUCUUUACAUUCCACAUUAUGUAAUGAUUUUUCAUCAGAUGGUGUUGAAGUAAAAUUAUUCAAAGAUGAACGGUUUAUUAGUGGAAUCAAUAUUUUCCAGGUAUAAUUCUUGGAAUUCUGGUCCUAUUUCAUCAUUGAGAUGUGUUGUUUUCGACCCCAAUACUGGCAUUGACACAAAAAAUUAUAAAUAUUCAUAAAUGCACAGGUGUCCAGAUGGAUGUUUUUUUUAUUUUGAAGAUACAAAAAAUUCUAUUUGAUUGGAAUAAUAGAAAACAGUCUAGGGGUCACCCAAUUAAGAUAUUUUUUUCCAAUAUAUUGGAAAACAAAUCCAAUACAAAAAACAAUAUAUUGGGAAAAAAUUCAAUAUAUUGGAAAAUGAGAAUCAUAUGAUAAGACAUUGAAAUGGACAAUGGAGAUUUUUUUAGAUGCUUCAUAUUCCUGAUGAUAUUAUAGUACCUAAAGGGAUAUUUCAAGUUGUUAAUAUAACUUAUUUCACCAUUGCUUCAGAUGUAGAAUCAAAUUUAUGAAAUUGAAUGAAAUAGGAUGAAUGUGUUGUGUUUGAUUGUCAGUUAGCAAACAAGCAAAACAUGAUUGGAAUUACUUAUAGUAUCUACAAAAAUCUCCAUCGCCCAUUCAUGUGAUUCUCAUUUUCCAAUAUAUUGGAUUUUUUUUCUAAUAUAUUGAAUUUAUUUUCCAUUAUAUAGGAUUUUUUUUCAAUACAGGGUGGGCCACCAGUAACGCCUCGGUCUCUAGAAGGCUAACCACUCAUCUUCUUGGAAUUCUUCCUCUCUAGGAAGUUGCAUGUCAACAUAGGCUACCAUUUGAAAUUAUUUUGAAACAUACAGGAUGUCCCCAAAAAUCACAAAACACUGAAGUUGAACUUUUUUCAAUCGAACACCCUAUAUAUUAUUUCGUUUUGAGAUUCUCCCUGGUGAGCUGAUUUCAACAAUCCAUCAUACUUGGGGUCUAGCAGUUAUAAUUACUGAGAUAUAGGGUGUGAGAAAUCGAGAUUUUCCAAGUUCAAGAAUUUUUUGUGUCUAAACCAUUCAUAAUUGGUCAAAACGGCUCACAUGUCCCUAUCUCAACUUUUGAUCAACUAUCUACUGACAUUCAAUUGAAACAAAUACAGGGUGGUGCAGAAUUCAGAAUCUUGAUCACCCGGUCCCAAUUAAAUAUCAGUAUAUAGUUAAUCAAAAGUUGAGAUAGGGACAUGUAAGCCGUUUUGACCAAUUAUACAAAAAAUUCUUGAACUUGAAAAAUCUCGAUUUUUCACACCCUAUAUUUCAGUAAUUAUAACUGCUAGACCCCAAGUAUGAUGGGUCGUUGAAAUCAGCUCAUCAGGGAGAAUCUCAAAAUGAAAUAAUAUAUAGGGUGUUCGAUAGAAAAAAGUUUAACUUGAGUGUUUUAUGGUUUUUGGGGACACCCUGUAUGUUUCGAAAUAAUUUUAAAUGGUAGCCUAUGUUGACAUGCAACUUCCUAGAGAGGAAGAAUUCCAAGAAGAUAAGUGGUUAGCCUUCUAGAGACCGAGGCGUUACUGGUGACCCACCCUGUAUACUGAUUUUCUCCCAAUACGUUGGAUUUUUUUCCAAUAUUUAUGAAAUAAAUAUAUUUUGAUUGUGUGACCCCUGGACGCUUUCGUAGAAUAAUUAUGAGGAAUAUAAUAUUUCUGGCAGAUGUUUUUUUUUAUAUUAGGAUAAACUGGAAACGACGCUAAUUUACGAUUGUGCACCUGGUAUAGUACUCCUAUUUUUACUUUUUGAUGAAAUGAAAAAUAAUGAGUGCACAUAGUUGCACCAUCAGCGUCGCUCCCGAUUGAACCGGAAGUAGAGAAUGUUGAUUUCCUUCAUGAACCGUUCGUCUAAAUGCCAUGCUUAAGUGUCUGUGAUAUCUAAUUUGAUAGAUUUAGCAUUUUUUAAAUUUAGAUAUUGUUCACGUAUUUCAUAUUUACAGGAAGAAUAGUGUUUUCAUAUUUUAUAUUGUAACUAAUAUUGGCAGCUUCAAUGUUUUUUUGAAAUAUCCCAUUUUUUUAUGUUACCAAUAUAAGCAACUUCGAAUUAUCUUCAGAAACCCAAAGUGUAUAUAUUAACUACUGUACAUAAUGAAUGAAAUAUUCUCCUGGAAUCCCUAUCAAUGAUUGUGGUGAUAAUUUUGAGAAGUGUACCGGCAAAAUUGAAAGCAGUUGCCAAACAUUUCGAAAAAUUGUAUGGAUUAUUAUAACCAUAGCAUGUUUUCCAGGAUAAUAUAUUCAAAUUGUGCAACAUUAGAUUUUGAAUAGUUUUUGUACGAAUUUUGUGAGCAAAAGACUUUUUGUUGUCGACAUUCAGGGGCAAAAACUCGAUCCCCUCCCCACUGAGAUUAGGAACCGGAUUAUAUUUAAAUACGCCGAAACCCGUAAAUUUUUUGUUGGGCAAUCCAACUUGAUACAUUCAUACCCGUUUCCCUUACCACUAGCCCAACUUUAAAAUCUCAAAUUGGUCCACCCCACUUCCAAAACAUAAUGUUUGAGUCCUUUCCAUUGUAAAUACAUUGUACUUUGUUUUUGGGGAUCAGUUGAGAUUUGAUAAGAGUUAUUUACUGAAGACGACAUGUUGAAAAACAUGCUAAUUUCUAACAAAAAUGGUUACCAAUAAAUUCUGCCCUGAUAAGCAAAAGCCUCAAUGUAAAAAUUGUAGUGUAUUUGUAGUGCUCAGCAAAAACACGGCAACUAGAUUGGAGUAUUUGCGAUGUUUAUGCUAAGCAACGGCAAUUUACUGUGUUCUUGUUUAGUUUGGCCAAUGAUAUUUUCAAAUACGGGUUUUAAAAAUAAUCAACAAUCAUUAUUUAGUUUUAACUAAUUUUCGGCAAAAAAUCGAUAUAUGGGGGGUUUUGCUUAGCAGGGCAGCUAAAUGAGAUUGGUAUCUACAGCCCAACCACAUUUCUUUAUAUGCUGUGUUGAUCAGUUUAUUAAUAAGAACAGUCUGGAAUUUAAUAGAAUUGAAAUGAAACGAAAAAAUACUCAAUGUAUUGGUCUGAAUGGCCCAAUGUUAACUUGCAAACAAUAUAUCAGCCAAUUUUCGAAUUCUGUUCAAUUACUUAAGACCCAACUUUCUUAAAACACACAUCUGGUUGUUGAUAAUAAUUUGUGUUGUUCCACUUGGCUAUUGAACUGGUAUAGAAACACUGUGUUUUGUUACUAUGCUUCCCUAGCCUAAAGUCGGCCAACACGUUGCCAAGUUUCUAGUUUCAUUCGAAAUAUCCCCUAAAUUAACUUCGCUACACAAGAUGUGAAGCCACCGCUUACUUGCUGUGGUGAAGCAAUGUAGUCAAGUCAUGUUUUAGAUGUAAAUCUAUUACCUGUAUGAAGGAAAUAUCAUCCAAUAAUAAAGCAACUAAGACUCGUUCCACAUAAUAGGUGAGCAAUAACUCAUGAUUUAUAAAUUUUUAAAACCAGAAAAUUGUCUUAUUUCCAGAAGUACCUUGACAUCUAGCAUCUGUGUUUCACUCACUGAGUCAAGACGUCAGUAAUUUGUAAUUGGAGUAGCAAAUUUCGACAGUUUGAGAUUAUAUUCAUAACAUUAAUGAAAAAUAAUGAAAUCAAAGAGUAUGAAGAUCAAUCAAUAAAUCUGUAGGAGUGGACGGAUUCCUAAUUUCAUGAGGGGUCAAGUUAUUGUGGGUAGACCAUCUAGAUACACUGAUUUUUAUCGUAGAAUAUAAUGGAAAAUAUUGGAAUGAUACAAUCUUCAAUCUUUAUUUGUAGCUGAUAUUGUCAUAUCCAUUUCUCAUAUUAUUAUCUGAAGUUUUGUGCAAAUCUGUCUAUUGAGCUACAAGAUUAUGAAAAAUAUAAGUGCUGAAUUAUUGUCAUUACAAAUAAUCAAUAUAAGACUGUUAUAUUUUUCAACUUUGGUUUUUGUUCAAUGGUUAAUAAUGGUGCUUCGCCUAGUGAUGAAAAAAAAAAAAUUCAUAAUGGAAUCAUAUAAUAAAUACUAUAUAUUUUAUAAAAAUAUUGACAAAUAUUUGUAGGUAGUCAGAAAAAUGCAAUCUUAUAAAGCUACAAAUAAUGUAACAAUUACUAAUGAGUAAUCAAUAACAAUAAUUAUUAUUGCUGCUAUAUAACUCAUUCAAGAUGAAUUUUUCAAUUGUCACUAGAGUGUUCCAAGAAAACUUCAACCCAAAUCUUCAAAACAGAUUCCCUUGGGAAAUAUCAGUGAAAAUCUGCUUGAAAAAUUUGACUUGAGUAAGGUUUUUGUUGAAAUAUAUAUAAUGCAUACUGUAGAUGUCAAAAUUCUAACUUGAAUUUUGCAGUCAGUGAUAAAUGAUCGGAUCCUAAUCUAUUAUUUGGAAUCCUGACAGUGUCCAAUUCCUCUGUAGUUGGUAACCUGUAUCUAGCUAGCAAUUUUAUCUUUGGCAUUUUAUUCAUAUCAUUACUCUUAUCUUCCUUCCCAUUG